UUUCAGGUUUUUAGAUACGACUUUGCAAGGUUGGGAUGUCCUUUCACGUUACUGAAGAACGAACCUUUCAAACCGAUCAUUGAUUUGUAAGUUGUUAACCUUAAGUCCGAAAAGUCGAGCGUUCAGAAGUUCCAACACUGACUUAUUUUACAUGGAAAUAUUUAAAGUUAUGAAAUUAUAAACGUCGGUUAACGCAUUUCUAGCAUUGUGAUUGGUUCACUCAAUCUUGGUUAUCAGCUCAUAUACCUUAAUUUGACGUUAUAUGGAACAGGAUUACGCUUAGUUACAUCAACAUCCGGUCGUUUUGUAAUAUUUAAAAUGAAACUUACACAACAUUCAGUUGUAAUAACAAAACGUUUUGGGGUUGAACCAUCUCAUAUCCAAAGCACACGAAUGGAAUAAUUAUUUAAUCCAACUUCAUUUCAUGUACAAACCAGAGUGAGAGAGAGUCGUUAGGAGGAGUGGGAAAGAAACCACUCUCGUCCCCCGGAAUUUUCCUUUCAAAAUAAGAGGGGCCGCUCCUCUCAAUUUCUAAAGGAAAAUCCUCUAGAAACGAGGUUAGAAAAGGAACAUAAGAACCAGUUCAGAUAUGACGGGGAAACGUUUAUCAAAGAAGUUCGUGCUAACUACAUCUUGCGGGAGCAACAUGGCAGAACGGGUUACAAGUACAGUACGACGAUGAAGCAGGUACAUCAGUAUGACAUAGCGAGCGUGCGAGGCGUUCGAAAGGAAAGGUCGAAGGAGUGAAUUGAGGGAAGGGAAACGCCCAACUCCCUCGCUCGCGCACCGGAAAUUUCCUGGCUCGCUCCUACCCUUUCGAACCUCCAUCUCGCGGACUAUAUUAUGUAUAUUACUGAAAGCACUGCGUGGCGGCGAAUUAAGUGAAAGACUUAAAAAUAAGGCAUAAAUAACAAGGCAAAUGCAAAAUAAGGCAAGGAUAGACAAACUUGCACGAAAGAACGGAUUAAAAUUGUGGUCUUUAAGAAUUUAUUAUCCUAACAGUCGAUUCAAAAUUCACUUUUGUUGUUUGUUUAAUUUAAUAAUCCUUGGGUAGACUACGAGUAGUCCCCCAUUUUUCCUCAGAGACGGCAGAACGAUCGAAACGCGAGCGCGCGUGAAAAUCACCCCACGCGAGAAAAGGCGACACACGGCGGGGAGAGUGUCGCCUUUUCUCGCUUGGGGUGAUUUUCACGCGCGCUUGCGUUUCGCUCUCGCUCUACUACCCUGAGGAAAAAUGGGGGACUACUCGUAGUCUAAUCCUUGGGAGACAAGCAGUUUCUUUGCCAACGUUAAGUUAAUUAGUGGAUUUGACUCCGGGGUCUGGAGGUUUUGGAUCAUUAUACGUUUCUGGCAAACUGCCCACCUACCCCUUCCCUAAGCCAACAUUUUGACCUAAGGGAGAGGAGUGGGUGUUAAUGUUCGCUUAGGGGAGAGGUAGGUGGGCAGUCUCCCAAAAACGUAUAAUGACCCAAAGCAAAACGAACUAGACAGCCGUGACCGAGCUACUUUAAGCGGAUACGUUUCUGGCAAACUGCCCACCUACCCCUCCCCUAAGCCAACAUUUUGACCAAAGGGAGAGGAGUGAGUGUUAAUGUCCGCUUAGGGGAGAGGUAGGUGGGCAGUUUCCGCAAAACGUAUAAUGAUCCAAAACAAAACGACAGAGCUACUUUAAUGAGGCCGGCUCUUUGAGUCUGGCAAAUGCUUCAGCAGAAUUCAUAAAAGCUUUUACUUGAAACGAGCCGUCAUAAAUAUAGACAAAAUAAGACUAAAAUUGACACCAUUUGGAAUAAGGUGUAUAAAGCAUGCAGCUAGAAGCUAACACUGUGGGGAUGGGUCGGGAAGAAAUGUUCCUAAAUCACUUUUAUUUUCCGCUUUAUUUUUAAACAGGCUGGUUGCAUCAGUGAGGCUCAAAGUUGGGAGAAGAUGGUCAAGUCUGUGCAAGCAGAAGAGAAGGAUUCUGCCUGGUCUAAAUUGGUAUUGCUUCCAAAACUAAGUGUUUUUAUUGUUUAGUCGCUGCACCUUUUGAAACGUAACAUCUCAAGAUUUUAGUUGAUGCUCUAGCGAGAGCAGUUUUCCUGGAGUUUUGCUCUAACUAGAACUGAUAUAUAUCUCGGUUGUGAAAGUAUGUAUUUUUAUUCGUAUUUAAACAUUCAACAGAAUUAUCGCAGUUGUUUUGAGGAGCCUGCAAAUAAUUCUUCACCAAACGUGGAUCUCAACCAACCGUAUGAGAUUUUGAACAGUUCAAUAUCUUCCUCGCAAAUCCUAUGGAAUGAUGUGGGACUUUUUGUCUUCACGCUGAAGGUUGUCGAUCCUGAAUUCAGGUGAGAAGAGCCGUCUUUUUCAAAAGCGAUUCCAAGCUGACAAGGAUUCGUCGUAGCAAACGGUCCUUACUUAUACUGACCGCUGCAUUAAUAAGAACCACGUUCAGUGUUUAGUAACUUUCACUUUUAGAGUCUGAUUGAGUCAAGAUUGCGUGUGACUUUGGUAGUAAUUUUACGUAUGUUUCUACCUACUUCUCAGCAUUCUAAUAUUUUUUUGUUAACGACAAAAUAACAACAUUAAUAUACAGCGUUUUAUAAAAAAAUAGAUAGAUAAAAAACAAAACUAUUACAGGGGGAGAUACUCGACCAAUAUUUGGGUAUAGGUGAGCCGCUGAGGGGUUUGAAACCCUGACCCUGCUUAGAACAAAAAAUUCCUAAAAUACAUAAAAGAAAUUUAUCUUCCCGACUGUAAAAUUAGCCUUGCUUAUUUUGUUUCUAUAUUUCCAAUUAUUGCUGAUUAGAUGCUUUAAUAGGAUCCGGUCCUUCCUUUUUGUAAGUUGGUCCUUGCUUCCAAAAAUGAAUUUCUAAAAUACAUACCCUGUUUAGGACAACACCCUCAAUUUUAUCACCCUGUUUAGGAUAAAAGGCAAGCCGUCUUGUUUUAAAGCCAUUUAUUGGCAAUCUUUUUAUAGAGCAAAUUCACGUUAUAGUCAUCGCUUUUGUAUGUUUAGAGUACAAACAAAAUUCAUUUGGCAAAUCAAAUCAAUCGUGCAGGCAACAUCCUGUUGACAGAAUCACGAAAUUAUAUACCCUGUUUAGGAAAGAGAGUUCAAAACUACAUACCCUGUCCGGCGGCACAUCCCCUUAUAGGCCAUAUAAGGGAGUACCCCACGGGGAGGGAGGGGGGCAACAUGGAAUCCAUUUUUUAAUCUUACGUUUUCGAUAAUAACAAUGACAUAUCACUGUAUUUUCUCUAACAGCUUCUGUAACCUGACAGUGGAGAUAUCUGUUCAAGCGAAUGCAGUGCGAGGUUUGAUGGAAGAGAUUCCAACCUUUGUGGUACUUGGAUCGUCCAGCUUGAUCAGUACGAUCAUGGUUGUAUCUGCUUACUAUACUCUAUUCCGUUGCGUGGAUUGAGCUUAGACGUUACUGACAAUUUGUUUAACCCUUUAGGUCGCAAGAGUGACCAACAUCAAUUUUCUCCUAACAAUAAUACACAGAAUUAAAAGAAAAGUUUAGGAGAAUAAAUAAAAUGAUCAUCUAAGGGAAAAUGCUUUGAUCUUUGAACAAAUUCUCUCAACUAAUUCUGUAAGGAAAUGUAUGGAGAUCAGCUUGGAGAAUUUGUAUGUGGAUAUUGGGGCUUAAAAGGUUAAAUCUCGCUCCCAGAGGCUGCGAAUCUUUUGGUCAGCAUUUAGUUCGCUUCACCAACCUUGGCUUAUCCAAUUAAGGCCCAAAUAGCUGAAAUGAUUGCUAUAACUCCUAUGCUCAGGUCGUACUCAGUCAGUACAUAAAAUAUUAGACUGCAUUGAAACAGUCCGUAUUUUUGCAGGCGUGUGAGGCUCGCGCACUUUUCGCGCGUUACGCUCAUACACCACGCUUUACCUAUUUCUUUACUGAUUUUGGGAAAAACAAAACGACAGUUUUGGAGUCUAAGAAAAUAAGAAGGCCUAUAAGGGUGUAUGUGCUGUAUAUGAUGGUAUGUAAGGGGCGUUAAAUUUCAGGCCAUGCAAGGAACAAAGCAAGUAACUGCCAUGCUAGGCCUAAAGCCGGUUUAUUUUUAGAUACCUUUUUGAGUACAUUUUCCCGCCGCAAAAAUAGGAGCUACACUUCUUCUAUGAGCGCAUGCGAAAUACAGUGUAUGAGAUAUGGAAAAGGAAAAGUAGAUCCAUUUUCAGGUCGAUAGGUUUUUCUGACUGGUUUUCUAAAUUCACGCCAAAAUCGUUCUAAAAUUAAACUUUCGUGACGAAAACGCGUCACAGCACCACAUACCCUAUGUCAAAAAAACUACUAUUUUGAUUUAAUGCACGUUGUCCUCGCUCUUGUGCCAAUACAUUCAUUGUUCUCGCUUUUAAAAUACCCCCUAUUUUGACCAUAUAUGGUCAUAUGGCGGGAAAUUUGAAUUUCUUUAAUUAGCUGUAACUUUAUGCCUUUUUAUCCGAUUGAGAUGGGGUUUUCACCAGAAAUCAUAGAAUUUCAUACAGAAACCUAAUACAAUUUUUUUACCAUUUCUUUCCUGAAUUUUUAUUCUGAUGCCAAAUUUGGACAUCACUUAUGACGUCACAACAGAGUCUCAUGGGAUGAAAUAAAAACCAAUUAUAGUCAACUCUCGCCUUAACUUGCGGACACCCCGCUAUUGCGGACGCUCGCUAUUACGGACAAAAUCUAGAUCCCCGGCAAAAGCUGUAGGGGUUUGACGGAAAUGACUCCCGCUAUUAUGGACUCUCGCUAUUACCGAAUUAAGGACGCUUUCUUGGCACCAAAGUGACAAUUUUAUUGUUUUGAACCUAGAUAAAGUGGACACGCUAUACUUCUCAUAUAACAUUUUUAUGUAAAAUUUCAGUCUGCUGCUCAUCAUUUGCCAAAAUACAUUUCAAAAGAUUUCCGGAAUGUUUAUUUUCACAUCCAUUCCAUAAAUUGUCCGCACAAUCGUCCCCACCUCUUCACUUGAGCUUGCGCUUUUUCUUUCCGGCUCUUUUGGAGAGCUCAAGCCCUCGUGUUCCAUUCUCAACGACUGCGCAUGCUUAGCAGUUUCGGUACUGUUGAUAAGUUUUUGCGUCCCAAGGCAAGUGAUUUCAGCAAGUGAUUUCAGCCUUUGUCACAAGGUUAGUAAAACUGCUGUGAAAAGAAGCAGGUGUCAAGGCACGCUGAAUUUUAUCUCCAAAAACACAAUCUUUGGCCGACUGAUAGACUUGCUACAUGUCGACCUCACCAGUUUGUUAGGCAUAUUUCAAACGUCUUACUGCUGCCGUGCUAAGCUUGAUCGACUGUAGCUCGACUGCAGCACGACACUAGCACGACUUGGUUUCAGACGUCGAAUUUAAUUCAGUCGACUAGAACGGCUGUUCCCGAAAAUAAAACUCAAAAAUAAAGAAACGGUUUAACAAACUUUGAAAUGUAUUCUAAUGUAUUUAUAGUUUAUGAAUUGAGCGCGAACUAAGUCGAGCUACUCGGCCGUGUUGCACGGCAAAGCUUGCAGUGCUAAACGGCAGUAGCACGACUUGGUUUCAAACGUCGCGGUACUGCCGUGCUAAAGUCGAAUUUAAUUCGAUCAAUUUAGUUCGGCACGGCAGUAGCACGACGUUUAAAAUGGGUCUCAGCGAGCGGAGGGAGUUUUUUAGGCCUCGAAGCGGCCAAGCGAGCGACGGACUCGUCCCGCGCCAUAUUAAAUCGGACGAAGGACUUCUUUGAAAGUCUAGCCGAUUGUGUACUUCUAGAGACAACUACCGCAAAUAGUUUACGUAAGGACCAUGUCUAAAUGUGGUAUCAGACACUGUUUUUGAUGAGAAAUUGUUCAAUAUUACAGUUUCAGUUAACUCCGUUACGUUUUGUUGUUCAGCGCGAAAAUUAAAGAACUGCAUUGAUUAAUUGUGCCGUUAUUCACAUCCGCCAAUAGUAAAUUUAACACACUAAAGAUUUAAGAAAACCUUAACAAACGUAGUUAAUGUUAUUUAUAAUAUUAUUAUAUGUUAGCAGCACUUUUUUUCUCCCACCCAGCUAUUACAAACUCUCGUAAGGUGAUGUUACACGGGACGAUUCGCAACUACGAUUUUUAGCGCAACACAGCCUUGCAAUGUUGAAACAAUGUUGUAACUAUCCGAAACAAUGUCGCACCAAUGUUGCAAGGCUGUUUUGGGCUCAAAAUCGUUGUUGCGAAUCGUCUCUUGUAACAUCACCUUUACGGACAUAAAACCGCAGUCCCGAGGGUGUCCUUGCAAUGUUGAAACAAUGUUGUAACUAUCCGAAACAAUGUCGCACCAAUGUUGCAAGGCUGUGUUGGGCUAAAAAUCGUUGUUGCGAAUCGUCUCUUGUAACAUCACCUUUACGGACAUAAAACCGCGGUCCCGAGGGUGUCCGCAAUAACUGUUACUCCUUUCAUAUGGUGGGACAGUUAAUCAAUCAAAAAUUCUAAAUGAGUGGACAAAACUUCCGCUAGUUUACUUAUAUUUAGUUUCUGAAAACCCAAAUCUGGCUAGAGCGCUUUUCGAUUGAGUGUCGUAAACCAAAACCAAAGUAAUCACAACCGCCAAUCAGAACAAACGAAAACAUCAGAUGAAGCCAAUGAGAAAUCGAAGUAAACGCAUGUAACCGACCUUAAGCGCGGGAAAACGCGAGUAACCAAGUCGCGAUUGGUUUUAGUUUUGUAUCUGAUUGGCUUAGAAGGUGACGCGAGUUUUCUAGACCACUCACAGAGCACAGUAAAGCAAAACCAAUGCAAUCCCGGAUUACUUUCAACACUAAAUUGAAAAUUGCUCUAAAUGUAAUUUUUAAAAACAAUGCAGUGCCUAUUGACCAACUGAGGGUAAAGGAAAUGACUUGUCCUCAGUAUUGGUCACGUACUUCCUCAGCUUUGUUGGCUACGGGAAGAAAUUCAUCUUGUUGUUCACAAAUAGCUCGGGGCUGAAUCUUUCGCUUGUAAAUUCACUCAAGUUUUGGUACUUUUUUAAAAAUCUAUCAGUGGUGCAAUUCAAGUUUGAAUUAAAUGUUAACAAAUCCUUAUAACCAUGCUUUUUUCGUCUGCUGUCAGCACUCCAUCCCCAUUACAACAGAGAAAGUUUCAGCAGAUAAGUUAUCAGUGGAUGUAUUGCAGACGGUUUCCUCCCUCCUGCAAAUUGUUGCUUUCAGUCAAUGCCGAGAUUUCAAAAUACCGUACUUAUUCGAAUAAGCGCCCAACCUCGAAUUAGCACCCACCUCGAAUAAGCGCCUAUCCUAAAGGCAAAAAAAGUUAAUAAGCGCCCAGUCUCGAAUAAGCACAAUCCCCACCCCACCUACUUCCUCCAACUCAAACUCAAAUAAGCACCCACCCCCAAAAUUGAAUAAGUACCAUUAAGAGACUUCCCCGAAGACAGAGUUUUUUUUCUGAGUAUUUUACAGAAACCUUGCUUUGUUACAUCUUCACGUUUUGUUAUUACCGUUUAUUUAUUUGUUGCAAAAUAAACAUACUACUAAAUGACUUGCUGAAGAUGGUGAAAAUUUAAUAUGCGCCCAGCCUCGAAUAAGCCGUGCCAAUGGCGGCGUGCAAGGGAAACACUCGCAGUCGAGAAAGUCGAUUUUCAAACUCGGGUAAUGACCCAUAUGACAUCUAAUGUAGAGCCUGAAAUAAUCAAAAAUGUACACGAAUGAACCGACACUUGUCAAAUUAAGUUUUUCUGUUAAAGCGUGCUGUUCAUGAUCUCAACAAGCUGGGACAAUAACGGCAAGACAGAGUGUUAUCAGCAUGAGCUUCCAAUACCGUGUUGGUAUUCUGAAAUAACAUGCAUCCUCUUUCGUGUAAUUGGCUUCACCUGCCUCCGACCAUUUGUUAUGUUUAUAGGAAAGACCACUGACCACUGAGAACGAAGCUACGAUCAAAUACGAUAGCUGUCAAGUAAACUAUUUGUCUCCUGACACUAGGAAAAACGGUAAAAAAGUUAGUUUUUGAAAACUAUUUGUUAAUUGUCGACAACUUAGCAGUUUCCUUAAUCUCCGAAAAGGGAAACUGCGUAGUUGUCGACAAUUUGCGUUUAGUUGACGACGACUCGCCUCACACACUGCUUUUUUUUAAACGUUGUCGAUAACUUUUAGUAGUGGAAAAAAUAGUUGUCAUUUUUAAUGACAAUAAUAAUAAUAAUUAUAAUUAUAAUUAUAUUAUUAUUAUUAUUAUUAUUAUUCGAUCUGAACUGAAAACGGGUAUAGCCUUCGCCGAUAUUGGUCUGGAAUUGUGUAUUUUUCGAGAAAACAACGGGAGUUUAUGAAUUUAUUUAUCGUUCUCAAUUCCAAAUGAAUAAGAAAGAAAGAGAUGGGAAAUUCGAAAUGAAUUUCAAGAGAUCUUUUUGUUAGCGUUUUAAUCUAAGUAAUGAUGACAUAGUUUCUUCCUAUGCCAGGUCUAAAAUCGGGUAUAAAAACGGGUGUGAAAACUGACAGUUUUUGGUCUGAAAUAGGGUCAGCAUUUGGAGAGCCGGGCGGCACACCCCCACCAAGAAUUCCCAAGAUAACCCCCUCCCCCCCACUCGGGAGCGCUUACGAUGAUCACGGGAAUGCUGCAGAGAACAAAGAUGCUCAUGGAUUUUUCUCCCGACUUCCCUACUCCAUGGCAAAUAUUUCUCUCCGGCCUCAAUGGGGUGACGUUUAAAGUAUUGCUCUGACAGUGAAGGCGAUGACGUUGUAUGUUUAGGUUUUGCGCUAGUGGUAUGAUGUUUUCCCUGUACAGGAUAACUAAAGCCAAGAGAUUCUGCCUCCAAAUAUGCGUCCGAAAAAGAUUUACCGUAUAGCAAUAAUAACUCUGGUGGUCACCCUGAUCAUCCAUUUUAGAUUCUUCACACCAGCAAAACGACAGGACGAUAAUAUUCCUGAUGAAACGAUAUCAGUCCUUGAAAAAACUAUCAUUCCGAGACAAAUCGCCCGUCGUGGGACAGAAAAACUCUCUGGAGUGGAACCACUCGCAGGUAACUUUUGUUUUACGAUCUCAAUUUCGGUAACCGGUCCUCUUUCAAUUUCCACGGCAUUAUAGCGUCAUUUUCAUGUUCAUUUUUCACUGAUAUAUUGUUUACGUUAUUGCGGACUCGUUACCUCUCGUUACUCGUUUUAUUGAUGAAGGAGUUUAUAGAAAAGCAAAUAUUGCCUAGAAUUUUCUGUUACUUGUGGACGGCUAUUUAAAUUUCUUGAUGACCGUUCCAUUCACGUACAAUUUCCGAAGCGUAUCUAAUACAUUCCAUACGAUUUUCUGAAGUUUAAGUUUUACAUUUCACUUCCCAAGUUAAGCUAUUUUUCGUAAAAAAAAAAGAGGAAACCUGAAAUUUUCGGAUUCAAAAAUGCGAUGGAGAAAGGAAUCAGAAAAUAUCUCACUUUCGUAAUACGUCAAAUUUCACCUACAAUUUUCGGGAAAACAAUAUUCAAUCCCUCGUAAGUUCGAAAAGACUCAAGUUGCCUUAGGAUGAUCGAACAGAUACAAAGUUUAUAGCUCCUCUUAGAAUGUAUUUCUAAGGAUCUAAAAGUACUCUUCAUAGCCUAAAAAAUGGUUUCAAUGUAUUUCGGAGGAGGCCGUCGUUGGGUGCCCCUAGGCUCUGAGAGCUAUGGACUCCUGUGGUUGAAUGAUCGUCCAUGUCGUCAGACAGGCUGCACUGAACAAGGCUGUUGUUAACAGUGACUAAUAACUCUAUGCAAGAAUGUUAUUUUGUUUAGUUUGUUUUUUGCCAAUCUGUCUGCAAUGAUGGUCUUAAAAUCCAUUAGGCGACGACGACGGUUUGCGACAUUCUCAAACUCCCAUGACAAUUUGUCGCUUAAUAUUUAUAAUUACUUCUACGCCAAAAUUGUAAAGUAUAACACAGUACAAUUAUUGACCUUUUGUUAAAACAAAGUGUCGCUUGCGGGGUCGCGUGAUAAAACAUAAAAGAUUUAAAAACUCAGAGUUGCAUUUGAUAAUCCCUGAAUUUUAAGACAAUUCACAUCUUUAAGGAGCCUCGACUGGAUUUUUAGCGGCAACUUCUCCCUAUUUUGCUUAGCAUUGACUACGACGCGCCGCCAACCGAGAUUUAAAAAGUUUGCUUAUGACAUUUAUAGCCUUUGAAAAGAGUGAAAAAGAAUGCAAUAUGCUUCAAAUUAUUCUGGUACAAGGUUUUUGUCCACUGAAAAUUAAAAUUACUCAAUUUCCUAAUAGAUUUUGUCUUUAACUGACAUAUCUGUAUCAAAGAAAAGUGGUAUUGCAGCCAUUUAUUGCUGCGGAGCGACCGAAGGGAGCGAGCAGCAACAUAAUCAGGAUUUAAAGGAAAUAUAUAAGGGGCGACGAAUUCUCGAAUUCAUCACUUUUUACCACAAUGCAUUGCAUUUAACCACACUUUUUACCACAAUGCAUUGCAUUUAACCAGAGUGCAUUGCGCCACGAACAAGUCAAAUAAAAACACGGGGAAGUUCGCGUCGCUCGCUGCCCAGACUCAGAGUUUUCUUUGUAGCAAAUUUUCUACAGCACGGUUAGAGGUCUUACCAAAUUUAAGACACGCAGGAGUCUUUCAGAUGAGUACGAUGGUUAACUUGGGGAUUGGAUUUCAAUUCAAGAGCCUUUGACUCAUCCAGGUGUUAAACCUGACGAGAAAAUGAGUACUCUUUGACUCCGCAACACGGGGGAUAUACAAAUUCCAGCUUGCUAGAAGGUGAUGUGAAAGUGAGAAAAUGUCAUGCCAUGCUAUUCUUAAGAACCUGUCUGAGCCGAAAAUGGAUGUGAUUUUGACCAUUCGCUUCAAAAUAACAGCGGAAAUCGAGAUAACAAAACAUAUGUUUUGUGUCCUGAGUUGCAGACGGGGACGUGUAUCGGCGUUUUGAAAAGCAUAAUUAUGUUCUUUCAUUCAUUCAUUGCCAUGGAAUAUGCGUUUACAUUGUUUUUUUUGCUGUUAAUAGCUCGAUUAAUGCGGCUGACGAUCAUCUUGCCGGCGGAAGUUUCACGGAAAAGGAAUUAAACUAAAGACUUUUCGUACAGCUUCGUAGUUAGUCUCUGUGGUGUAGUGGUGAGGUGUAGUCGCAUCGGGCCGAUAGUGCCGGGUUCGAGUCCAACCGAUGUCUUUUUUCCCUCUUUCUUUUUUUUCUGUUUUUUGUGUUGUUAUCUAUAAAUGUAUGGCUAAAUAACUGUUACUUAAUAUAGUGCAAUAGACAGCAAGAAAAGUAUCAUGUUUCCAGAGAAAAGAUAGUACACCCUAUAUUAAAUAUAUGGAUAAACAAUCUGAAUUUCUAUCAUUUCCUACAAUUUAAUGUGGGAAAACCGGAGUUGAUAACUACUUGAUCAUUUUUUAAACAACGUUCCCACGAGUUCUUUAUAUAGACUGAUAGUAAUUAUUCUAGUACUUUCCAACAUGUAAAUAGGACAUUCAAUGUCAUUUUCGAUUCUUUUAAGUCCCACUGCCUAACUAAUGCCAGUAUCAACAGAAUGUGCCGCAGCAUUACUAUCUUUUAGAUACCCUAGUUCCUAAGGUAUAUGAAGUAAAUAAAUAAAAUAUUGAGGCUCCUCGCAACUCUAACAAGGUCUCAUGGGAUAGGUUGGGAAAACAAUGAACAAACAUAGCAGAAUCCCUAAGUAAAAGAAACGGCGACAUCAGUGAAAUUAGGGGUUUUUAAAAGGGGAUGCGAGGCUAUUGAAAACAUUUCCAUUUCGUAUUUCAGAUUCUACAUCAAGCAAGUUGAGGCCUUCGAUCUGUCCAGCGGUUGCUUUAAUGAACACUUCGAAAGUUACCACGCUGGGGAGAUAUCCAAAAGCUAAAAGUAAGUAGUUCACUUUUGUUUGCUUAGAAUUAGUUAAUCUGAUGGGAAAAGUGGUGAAAGAAAAGUACAAUGCCUACUAAAAAAAGCGCAGCAAAACUAGGAAAUCCUGUCUUUAAGACUUAGAGGUUGUCCUUCAAACUCAAGACAGCGUCUUUGUACGUGUGAGGCCAGCCUAAGGACCAGCAAGAGUAGUUAUGGCAACUUGAAAUCCCGCAGAUGUGAUGCGAUAUCAUUAGUAUAGUCUUUGUGCAAGUGCGUCAAGACACCUUGAAUCAGUUUGCGCAAUUAACAACGAGAAACUAACAUGAGCAAUCCGGGGGAUCACGUUCAUUGUAAUUUUCUAAACGUGAUUGUAAAGCGCUUUUUUUCAUUUUAAAAGGAGACGUACUUACAAACAAAAAAAGGAUUAAAUGUACAUAAAAAGCAUGUUGCUUUCUUAUCAAUCAACGUGCACGGUUUCUUUGACAAGUUUUUCUCGACAAGGUAAGGUCGUCGAGGAAACCAUGGCCAGUUUCUCAUUCGCUGGAGUAAAUGCAGCCGGCCUCACCAUUUGUCUGUCAUUAUCACUGGGGGCACCCAACGACAAUUUUUGGAAAAUAUCUGUUCGGAAUUAAGACGAUUUGGAUUUAGAAUUUUCGGAACAUUUGUCGUAAAAUUUCUUGCUUGCCUGUCUCUCCUAAGAUUUUCGAACAUCUAAAAACUGGUAUAAUUGCCCAUUUUUAACGGAUUUUUACCCUAAAAAGGUCACAUAGAAUUUUCGGGAGCCUUUAUUCUAGCUGAGAUUUUAGAAAAGGUAAGUUUUGAUCCCUAUAAUUUUCCGGGAUCACUAGACUUUCAGCUAAGAAAUCCGAACAGAUGAACAAUUUUUAGGGGAUAAAAACUGAUAUAACUAUAUCUACAGUUUAAAUAAUAAAAUACGUUCAACAAAGCUAUGUUUAAGUGGUUUUGAACUGCAUUCUCGUUAGGUGCCCCCUGCAUUAUGACUGUCGAUUUUAUGAAACACUCAGGAGCAAUCCUUACAUCAGUCAUUUUAGAUUUGUCAUCGCAGGAGGAUGACGACAUUUUGCGAAGAAAGUCUUUUGGGGUAAUUAAAACAAUGAAUACAAGGUAAUAGAAGUUUAAAAUCGCGGGGGACACCUUUGGCUUAUUGUUAUGUAUUAAGGGCCUGUUUACAUGAAGGUGGGGGACCCCAGGUAGGUUACCCCACCUAACAUGUAAAUGUGAUCACAUUAAAAUGAGAGAUUGUAUGAACAGGCGGGUUACCCCACCUAAGCGGGUUACCUCACCUUCCUGGGGUCCCCCACCUCCAUGUAAACAGGCGCUAUUUAAAGCGUAUGCACGAAGAACAACGACUGAUGUCAACAGGUUUAUGAGAUAUUCUCAACUGGAUAAAUGAUGAGUGUAUAAUUUAAAGUGUUCACGUGCACGUCUGAAACGGAGACUUCAAACCUUAAAUGUUUAUUGCUUGGAAGUUUUCAUGGGAACGGCCGAGCUAAAACACGGGCUUCGUUAAUUUUCUUGCGCAAAUCGCCCUCUAGCGCAUACAGCGCGUGCUCAAGAUACAAGUGUACGCGUAAAAGGACUGAACGAGAGCACAUGGCCACUUGCCUGAGGUGAGCAAAGCCAUUUGCCGAAGUAGUGAGCUACCAAAGGAAUUUAAACAGAGCGUUUCUGAUCAACUCAAGAGUCUUGUCGGAAAUAUUAGGAAUGCCUCAGUAUGUUAGAUCUUAUUACGGUUUUGGAAGCCAUCUUGUCGGGUAGACAACAGCGUGAGAAAUAACAGCAUUUGCUUGAGAAUCUAAAGUCGACUCAUUUUCGUAAAACUGCUGUUCUACUGAAAGGAGGAAUUGACAAAUUUUGGGGGCGGUACCUAUGCUUAAAUUUCCCCAGUCGCUUGCUUUAGCAUGUUCACUUGGACAGUUAGAAAUUAAAGGCUUUAAACGUAAUAUCAGACAAAAACAAAACUAAAUUAAUUUGUGCGUUUUAUGACCCGGCGUAGUCUGCUACACAGCCGUUUUUAGUGUCGUCACGCAACGCUCCUCCCCUCUAAGUGAGUGGGGAGGAGCGUUGCGUGACGACACUAAAAACGGCUGUGUAGCAGACUAGACCCGGCGUAGAAAGACAAUAAUUUUUGGAAUUUCCGGUUAGGUCAAAUUAGUCAAGUUAUACUGUCACGCUAGGUUUGGAGGGGCAGAGGGAUUGGAGGAGGGGUGCGUUAAAAUACUGCUAAUCGUUUCCUGCUUAAAAUGGCUAACUUGCCAAAAUUACAUAUCCUUCUUGGAACUCGUGCUUACCUUCGGAAGUCUCAAAACUUGACUUUUGCGACAAUUUUGUGUCCAAGAAUUCAGCGCAGAUACCGAGGUUUUGACCCACCAUUUCUUAAUAAUAUCACAGAGAGUCUUUAAUUCUUUUCGCAAACUUGGACACGAAAUCACGAUUUCCCAAUUUGGUACAACUGACGCUCAAAGUAUUGCCUAAAAGGGCGAUCUACCAAAUAUAAAAAGCGAUAAAAACACCCUCCUAAUCUUCCAUUAUCCCACAAUUUCUCUGUAAAAUUCUAUCUAAAUCGCCUCAAAAACAGCCGAGAUAUAAGCGUUUAAAAAAAUGUAGCACAAGCGAAACUUUGCCUUAUGAAUAUAUUCAUAGAUAGGUGUUCAAGCGGCCUUAACUCAAGCUGAAAAUCAAACACCUUACCAUUGUAACAAUCGUUUUUUUUUUCUCAGUUGAACUAUUGCGCACUCAGUCUGAUCUCUUGUUAUUACGAUUGCCAAAUUUGCGCUCCGUAACUUAAUUCCUGGAUCGGGAUGUUGAAAUUAUGAUAACCCAGGCUUAGUGCGAAAUUUGAAUUCAGAGUAUGAAAGUCUCAAAAACAAUUCAGGGUUUAAUUCAUUUUGCGUACUAGUUUAAACAUUGGGUGCUCUAAAAAGAAUAGCGAACUUGUAUCUGAGAAAAAGCUUUUGAACAGAAGAAAAAGAAUCCCAGAUUAAUAUCUAACUCCGGGUUGGUGCUAAUCGGCCUUCGAACAACUAGGCCCAGAUUGAUUGAAGUUGAAACAAAGGGAGGGGGACUGGGGAAGAGAAGUAUUCAAACCUCCAGCCUGUUUUUUCUUAGCUCCUCCCUUUAGCUCUUUUUCGAGGGCGAGAUAUAAACUAUUGUUGCGUAAUUUCCCCCCUACUUAGCUAAUUACUCAACCUCGUCCCCAGGGCGCUUUUCCCACCACACCUCCUAAGCCAGGAAAAAGCGCCCUGGGGACUACGAGGUUGCUAAUUACUUAUUCAUACGGCCAACCUCGUCCCCAGGGCGCUUUUCCCAGCUCACCUCCUAAGCCAGGAAAAAGGGCCCUGGGGACGAGGUUGCUAAUUACUUAUUCAUACGGCCAACCUCGUCCCCAGGGCGCUUUUCCCAGCUCACCUCCUAAGCCAGGAAAAAGCGCCCUGGGGACGAGGUUGCUGAUUACUUAUGUUAGGGAGCUUAAGCAACAACGACGGCGACGGCUACAAAAACGUCACUUAAAAAGUGAAUUAGCACCGAUUCAAACUUUAUCGCGCUUAUUCCAUCUCGUUUACUUCGUCAAAUGUUGGCAAAUAUUUUUGGAGUUGAAUUCUAAAGGACUUAUCAAAGUUCAGGAAAAGAAAAGAAAGUUGUUGUCUUGUGUCCCCGUCCUCGACAAAACAUGAACUCAGGCAUUUUCACGUUGUAGUCGGGCAAUGAUGGCAAAGAAAUGUACAAAAAAGCGUGAUGCAAGUGCAAAGUUGUUGUUUUGCUAAUCGAACCUAUUGCUUUUUUGCCGUUCUCGUUGCCGUCCACGUCGUCGUUGCUUAAGCUCCCUAUUCAUACGGCCAAUCUCGUCCCCAGGGCGGUUUUCCCUGGCUGAGGAGGUACUAAGCCAGGGAAAAGCGCCCUGGGGACGAGGUUGCAUAAGGCAACAAUUACAAGACGUUGUAUGAGAAUAGUACAUGAAGGAAGGAAAAUCCUAGCAUCAGGAAGAUCCGAGAAGGAGGAUUAUCCUAGCGCCUUAUGCUUUCGGUGUUCAGUUUACAUGCAAAACGCUGUAUUUGUCCCUAGCGCAAGGAUCUUCUUACUAAGUACUAGGAUCUUUCUAGCUGACAGGUAGGAAGAUCUAAGCAUUAUUUAAAUUGUUUUCGCUAAGAAGAUCCUAGUGCAAGGGACAAACCACACAAAAUGGUAGCACGUCGUUCAGCUAUAACCUUUAACUACUUCUCUACUGAACUUUAACUACUUCUCUACACGGACCGAAAUGUCUGCAUGUAAACGCAACGAAACAUUGUUCCGCCUUCUAGGAUCUUUCUCGCUCCAUUAAACAGCCCCUUAUACCUUUUCGCUAUAACUGAGCGAAAUGUGCAUUUAAAUUUCCUUGUAUGCUGACUGUGUCACGGUCACUGAGGCUUCUUGGGAUACCGGGGAGCCCGUAAGCAAUACUUCUCUGUUAAGGCAAAAACAGACGCUCUUUGUUUUAAAUUUCAUUUUAAAGAGUAACCUUCUCGUUUUCUUGUGUUUAUUUGUGUGCUGAUUGCUUUCCAGGGUUGGGUUGCAAAAAGCAUCUUACGAUUAAGGGAACUAGUAACUAUUAAUUCAAAACAAUAUAGGUUAUUGUUCCAGAACAAAAGUUUAGGGUCUCUCAUAUCUUAAGAAGGUUUUAUGCAACCUGGCUCAGGCCUCUUGGGCACAUGUAAAUGCCUUUUUAUAGCCUGCGAGCAAGCUCUCCUAUUUGAGCAAGCGAAGUGAGCAUCGCGAGAACCCCCUGCCCCUCGCGGCUUCGCCGCUCGCUCACGCGUUCUCGCGAGACUCGCCCAAUUUGGAGAGCUUGCUCGCAGGCUAGCCUCUUUAGGCCUGCGAAACGUUGUAAAGCGGAAAGUUAAGUGUUCAAAACGGUAAUAAGCUCUCAAGAAAUUCGCAUAAAUUGAAGUUUUCCUUGAAAUCGUUGACGUUACCUUGCUUGAUAUGUGCUUAAUGUAUACUUUGCUUAAAAACUGCCGAGAAAGGCAACACUUGCUCGAGGUUGAAAGAACAAAAAAAGAAAACGAGCUCAAACACCAAAAGUUGCAUGCACAAAGGUCGCCGAGCACAAGCCCCUCCGUUGACGGACCCACCUAAAUCCCCUUGCGAAACUUACGAAGAUGUAUAAGCCCAGGGCUUAUAAAGGGCAGUCUACGGUAUACGAGUAAUGGAAACAUUAUGCAAUCUGCGCGCAUAGUCUGAAAAUUAUAUAAUAAUGGAUACUAACUACCCAAACCACCUUUUACAGGGUUUCUUUCAAUUGGCAUUGCGUCAGUUGCAAGACCGGCUGGAACUAACUAUUUUCUACAAACCAUUCAAAGUCUGAUCGACAAUACGAGCGAUAUGGACAAGAAAAACACUUAUAUUGUAAUAUUUCUUGCUGACAUCGCAGAGUCACCAAAAUCCACGGCAAAAGCCGAGCUUUCAAGAACGUUUAGCAAAUAUAUUGAUGAUGGUCUUUUGACAGUAAUUGAAGCAUAUUCAGAAUUUUACCCACCCCUGAAUAACAUAAAGAAAAAGUAUGGCGACUCGGAUACCAGGAGAACAUGGCGCUCAAAGGAAAACGUCGACGCAGCUUUCGUCAUGUGCUACUGCAAGGAUAUAUCACAGUACUACAUUCACCUCGAAGAUGAUAUGAUAUCUUCGCCUAGCUUUUUCCCUAAACUGGAGAAUUUUAUUGAGACGCAAAGUGUUAAGCCUUGGCUAAUGAUUGAUGCGGCCAUAAAAUGCAGCAAAGCCAAAGUUUUUCCCAAAGAACACGUCGAAAAUUUCGCUUCCUAUAUUUACGUCCUGUAUGACGAAUCGCCCAUUGAUUGGUUGAUGAAUGGCUGGCGGAAAUUGAAGGGACAUGGGGAACUCCACUCGCCUUCGGCGUCACUUUUUCAGCACAUUGGGGACCAAUCCUCUCUCAAAGAAAUCGGAUUGUCAGGAAAGCUGCAGAGGGAACCAUUUUUUGACCAAUAUGACCAAAAGUACAGGGGACGCAACCCUCCUGCCAGCGUUACUUCGUCAAUGUCCUCUUAUGAAGGAAAACCACAAGAUGCUUAUGAGAAGGGUAGUGGCUAUUUUUGGGCAAUAAAUCCAAGAAAAGAUGACUACGUCCUCAUAAAAUUUAACGCACCGACUGUUGUGAAAAAGGUGUUCAUUGACACUGGGAGUUAUCAUGCAUGGCAAGAUGUGUUAAGGUCCGGUGAUUUGGAGGCAAGCUUCGAGUCCACAGCCGGGGAAGUGAAGCCAUCUAAUAUCAGCAACCACUGUGGAGAGUUUAAAUUUCUGGGUGCAUUCAACGAAGGGAAAGUAGAGUCAAAUGUAGGUGACUCAAGAAGUGUCAUUUGCUUAAGAAUCACAGUUUUGCAAAACCAAGGGGAAUGGCUGUACAUUCGUGAAAUCGAUGUGUGGUAG